AUGGCGAUAGCAGCGUCGGUAAACUCUCUGCAACAAUCGUCAUGUUUGUUGAGAUUCCGUCGCAAUCCGAUCGCAACCCGGAAAGUCUUUCCGGGUCUCGGUUUCGAAGCCAGAGAAAAUCAGAUUCGAUGUGAGAGUUUACGUUCUUCGUCGGUAAGCCAUGUUAAAAGAAGAGGCGAUGCGGUGGCGACGGCGGCGAAGAAGAGGAAUCAAUCAUCGGAAAGAUGCGCGGCGGAGGGAAUACUGAUGGGAGGAGGAGAGACGGAGGAUAAUGCGGAGGUGGUGACGAUGAUGCCGGAGAGGAUCAAGGUGGUGAUACUGACGGCGUGCAUGAUGUGUCUUUGUAACGCCGACCGCAUUGUGAUGUCCGUAGCGGUGGUUCCACUCGCCGAGAAGCUUGGCUGGUCGAGUUCUUUUCUAGGGGUAGUUCAGUCUUCCUUCCUAUGGGGUUACAUUUUCUCAUCGGUUAUCGGAGGAGCAUUGGUGGACCGGUACGGAGGCAAAAGAGUAUUGGCUUGGGGAGUCGCAUUGUGGUCUUUAGCCACUCUACUCACUCCUUGGGCAGCUGCACACUCCACUCUAGCCUUAUUAUGUGUCCGUGCCUUCUUUGGCCUCGCUGAAGGCGUUGCAAUGCCUUCCAUGACCACUCUUCUCUCUCGGUGGUUUCCAACAGAUGAAAGAGCGAGUGCGGUUGGGAUAUCGAUGGCCGGGUUUCACAUGGGGAAUGUGGUGGGACUUCUGUUGACGCCGAUCAUGUUAUCUUCUAUAGGAAUCUCUGGCCCAUUCAUUCUCUUUGCGUCCUUAGGUCUUUUGUGGGUGUCCACAUGGUCAAGCGGCGUUACAAACAACCCUCAAGACAGUCCUUUCAUCACUAGGUCAGAGCUUAGGCUUAUCCAAGCUGGAAAACCAGUUCACACGCCAACCAAUGUGGCAAAACCUAACCCAUCUUUGCUCUUUCUUCUGUCGAAAUUGCCUACUUGGGCCAUCAUUUUUGCUAAUAUGACUAACAACUGGGGCUACUUUGUUCUUCUCUCAUGGAUGCCUGUUUACUUCCAGACGGUGUUUAAUGUGAAUUUGAAGCAAGCGGCUUGGUUCAGUGCUCUUCCAUGGGCGACAAUGGCGAUCUCAGGUUACUAUGCAGGCGCAGCAUCAGACUUCUUGAUCAGGACUGGUCACUCUGUAACCUCUGUCCGAAAGAUCAUGCAGUCUAUUGGGUUCAUGGGUCCAGGGUUGUCUCUGCUCUGCCUUAACUACGCAAAGUCUCCUUCUUGCGCAGCGGUCUUCAUGACCGUUGCAUUGAGCUUGAGUUCAUUUAGCCAAGCCGGGUUUCUCCUCAAUAUGCAAGACAUCGCACCGGAAUGUGCUGGUUUCUUGCACGGUAUUUCGAAUUGUGCGGGUACAUUGGCUGCUAUUGUAAGUACAAUAGGGACGGGCUAUUUCGUGCAGUGGCUCGGCUCUUUUCAGGCGUUUUUGACGGUAACAGCGUUUCUUUAUUUUGCAACCACCGUGUUUUGGAUCCUCUUUGCCACCGGAGAGCGAGUCUUCUAG